AUGUAUCAUUAUGAGAUGAAAAAGAAUUUUGAUGUUUCAUUAUAUAAAUAUUUAUUGGAACUUAACUUUUUAAAAAAUAAUUAUCCAGAUGUUUCAAAAGAAGAAAAAAUGCAUCCUGUAUUUUUAACAUCAAUGUCAAAUAAGUAUAUUUCAAGAGGUAUUGGUUUAAUAAAGUCAAUACAACACUUUUUUCCUAAUUCAAAUAUAAUUGUUUAUGAUCUUGGUAUUACAAAAAAAAAUUUGAAACAUUUAAAAAGAUCGUGUAAUGUUAUUUAUAAAAAAUUUAAUUUUAAAAAGUAUCCUAAACAUGUUUUGGAUUUAAAAAAUUAUGCCUUCAAAGCUAUUGUUAUUGCAGAAACUUUACGUGAUUAUAAAGCAAUUUGGUAUAUUGAUUCUAGUGUAUCAUUUACAAGAUCUAACUUGACAGAUGUUUACAAUGCAAUGGAAUCAAAAAAAUCAUCAUAUUUUUUACAUUCUAAAGCAUUUCAUGGUAUAGUUAGAGCAACAGCUUCAGAAACUUUUAAUUAUUUUCCUACAAAUAUAAAACAAAUUGUUGAAAAAAGAGGUUUAAUGUAUCAAGCUGGACUUGCUUACAUUUUAAGAGAAAAUGAGACAAUGAAAAAAAUUGUUAAAUGGUAUCUUUUAUGUUCAUUAGAAAAAGAUUGUAUUGCUCCAAGACAUUCAAAAAGAGUAUGUGACUUUUUAACUUCAAAUAAGUAUGGUUAUAAUAUUGAUGAUUGUCAUAGAUUUGAUCAAAGUAUUAUUAAUAUUAUUUUAUGGAAUACCUAUGAAGGAAAUACAACUGAAUACACUAGUGGUAUAAAAAACUUUUAUCUUAUUGAAAGAAAAAGAAAAGAUAAAUGGAAUUCUUUAAAAUAUCUUUUAUUUAUUAUUCUUUUUACAAAAAUUUGUAAUACAAUGGGAAUAAAAAAUAUAGCAAAUUAUACUAAAAAUUUAGAUAGAAUAAAAAAUGAAUUAAAAUAUAGUAAUGAUAUGAAGAAAACAUUUGAUAUAUCAUUAUAUAAAUAUUUGAAACAAUUAAAAUUAUUAGAAAAAGAUUAUCCAAAUGUUACGUUAAAAGAAAGGAGAAAUCCUGUUUUUGUUACACAGAUGUCUGAUGCAUUUGUUCCAAGAGGAAUUGUAAUGUUAAAAUCAAUUUUAAAAUAUUUCCCAAAAUCAAAAAUUAUAGUAUAUGAUCUUGGACUUAGAAAAAAUAAUAUUAUUCAAUUAAAAAAAGUUUGUAAUGUUAUAUAUAAAAAGUUUAAUUUUAAAAAUUAUCCCAAACAUGUUUCAAAUUUAAAGACAUAUGCAUUUAAAGCUAUUGUUAUUGCAGAAAGUUUAAAAAUCUACAAAUCUAUAUGGUUUAUAGAUUCAAGUAUAACUUUUACAAGAUCAAAUCUAACAGAUGUUUACAAAGCAAUGGAAUUAAAAAAAUCAUCAUAUCUUUUACAUGAUGAUCCUGGACAUGGUAUUCUUAGAGGAACCGUCUCAGGAACUUUUGAUUAUUUAUCAUCUAAUACAACAAAAUUAUUAGAAGAAAAAGUUACAAUGUACCAGUCAGGACUUGCAUAUAUUGUAAGAAAUAAUGAAUCAAUGAAAAAUGUUAUAAAAUGGUUUGUUUUAUGUUCAUUACAAGAAGAUUGUAUUGCUCCAAAAUAUUCAAAAAAACAAUGUAAUGGAUUCAAAAGUGAUCGUUAUAGUUAUAAUGUUGAUAAUUGUCACAGACAAGAUCAAAGUAUCAUAAAUAUUAUCUUAUGGAAUGCCUAUAAUCAAAAUGUAACUGAAUAUACAAGUGGAUAUAAUAAUUUUUAUAGAGUAAAAAGAGGCCAAAAAGGUCAAUGGAAAAGUUUAUUAUUUUGUAAAAAAUAA